GAGGGAGGUUGAGUCACUGAGAAACCGAUUCUAUUUGAGCGCGGCGGAGCAGUUACUUCUAAACUCUGACUCAUUACUCCGCUACAAAAUGUUUAAGACCUUUGGUGCAGAUGAAUAAACUACAGAGAAGAUAGACUGAGUGUUACUGCAGACUGACUGGACAAUUAAGGAUCACAGUACUUUUUAACGGGACACUGACUCUGACUGUCAGCAGGUGAUGGAAAUAAUAUCAAGUUCAGCCACCAACAAAGAAGAGUGAAAUGACUAGUGAAGACUUUCAGUCCCACUUGCCGAUGAGGCAGGGCAUUUGAGGACACGUGGUCGACACAAGCGGAGAACUUCUGUGUUUGUGGUGCAACACAAUUGUACCAUGCUUCUCCCUGUCGUUGUGGUGCCGCUGCUAUUGCUGCUGCUAUCUGGACCAGAUUCCUCACUCCAGGGGGACACUCAGGAAAUUGGGAAUAGUGAGGAGUCACUGGCACGUGGGUUUACCUACUCCACUCGUCAAAAGCGCGCGGUGCUUGACCACAGCGCCUCCCAGACGGACAAAUGUUCCUACACCUUCAUUGUUCCUCAGCAGAAGAAUACUGGGGCCAUCUGCGUGAACUCCAAAGACCCGGACUCUGUGCUGGAGAACAGGGUGAACAAACAGGAGCUGGAGCUUCUGAACAUAGAGCUGCAGAAGCAGAGGAAGCAGAUCGAAGCUCUGCAGCAGUUGGUGGAAGUGGACGGGGGUAUAAUCAAUGAGGUCAAGCUACUGCGUAAAGAGAGCCGCAACAUGAACUCCAGGGUCACGCAGCUAUAUAUGCAGCUCUUGCACGAGAUUAUUCGCAAACGGGACAAUGCUCUGGAAGUGUCACAGAUGGAGACCCGAGUGCUCAACCAGACAAACGAGAUGGCAAAGCUCACGGCACGCUACCGUGACCUAGAACACAAAUACCAACACCUGUCAGGGAUUGCUAGCAACCAAAGUGCUUUACUGGUGCAGCUGGAGGAGCGAUGCAAGAGAGGUGGACUCCCCACAUUUCCAGCUAGCACGGCGCAAGACAAGGUCCGACCGGCAGUCCGAUCACAGCCUCCAGCCGUCGCACCACCUCCCCUAGCUAGACCUGCAUUGUCUCCUGGAGGGUACAGACCUUUCCACCCACCCACAUACAAUCGCAACAUCAAUAAACCAAUGACAAAUGAGAUCCAGAAUGAUCAGAACAUAAAAGCAUUGCCACCUCCGCUGCCCACAAUGCCCAGUGCCACAUACAGCUUCACCAAUGAACCCUCAGGUCCUUUUAAAGACUGUCUGGAGGCUCUGGAGGCAGGGUACACCAACAGUGGCAUGUACCUACUGAAACCAGAAAACAGCAACAGUCUCAUGCAGGCCUGGUGUGACCAGAGACACGACCCCGGUGGCUGGACCGUCAUUCAAAGGAGACAGGACGGUUCCGUUAACUUCUUCAGGAACUGGGACACAUAUAAGCAAGGGUUUGGAAACAUUGACAGUGAAUACUGGUUAGGCCUGGAAAACAUCUACUGGCUGACCAACCAGGGAACCUACAAGCUGCUGGUGACUUUGGAAGACUGGUCUGGACGCAAGACUUUCGCGGAGUAUGCCAGCUUUCGAGUCGAGCCCGAAUCAGACUUCUACAGGAUGCGGGUGGGCCGGUAUCAUGGAAAUGCGGGAGAUUCUUUAACUUGGCACAAUGGCAAGCAGUUCACAACACUGGAUAGAGACCAUGAUGCCUAUGCAGGUAACUGUGCCCACUACCAGAAGGGAGGAUGGUGGUACAACGCCUGCGCUCACUCGAACCUCAACGGUGUGUGGUAUCGAGGCGGGCACUAUCGCAGCCGAUAUCAAGACGGGGUCUACUGGGCCGAGUUCAGGGGAGGAGCUUACUCAUUGAAGAAAGUGACAAUGAUGAUCCGUCCCAACGCAAACAAUCUCCAUUGAUAUGAUUCAAAGAAAAACUGAAGUCACAGGACAUUUUUUUGCUUGAUUCUCUACAGCGCACACCAGAUGUUUGUUUUUUUCUCCCCAAAUAUACCAUUUCCGACAAUUAACACUGCGCUCAGUGGCAGAUUGAUCUGUUCUUGUGAAAUGUAAUAUACAACGGUUGUAAACUAGUAAUAACAUCUAAAGUUAAUAUGUAUAACACAUGUAAAGAUAUUUGUAUAUAAAGGGAUAUUUGACCCAACAUUAAUGACUGUUUUUUUUCAUGAUAACAAAGAAGAGACGCUGUAUGGGACCAAUGUUUGUUAAAAAUGUAUUUAAAUAAAGUUGAACCAAAGGGGUUGAUUCAUAAUACCUCAACGAUCAUUCUCUCAGUGCAGACCCUUGUGCAACAGAACACUUUUGUGUAAACUCAUUUCUUACAGUCAUGACACCAAUACCAGCGAGCAAAUACUUUUCUUUCAGUUUGUAAUAAGGUGCUCUGUGUAUAUUUGAU